GUCUCAUCAAAAAUGUGUUAUCUCUUAUAGUUGGCCAUGUGGGAUACGAUUCUCCGCCGCGUGAUCUGGGUGGCGCCUCCCAGUUUGGCUGUCGCAAGCGGCGUCCGUGCGCGCUACUGGGCCACAGACGAACAUAGUGGGGUGCUGGCGAUUUGGUGGCUGGGGAUUUGGCAAACCAUGAGGAGCGUCCCUUGGCGUUUGCACCUCUCCUGGCAGCUCCGCCCCUUGCAGCGCCACGUGGAGACCCUCAGCGACCCUCAGGAGCUGCAGAAGCGUUGGCAGCGUCGCGUCGAGGAUCUCGUGGUGGCUGUGCCUCCUAAGAGCGGUACCACCAUGCUCUUGCAGGUGUGUCAUCAACUUCGCGUCGGCGGAGUUUGGGACGCCAGUGCUUUUGAGGACCAGAUGGAUGUGAUUCCCAUGCUGGAGGGUGGCCCUGCCUCCUUGUUACCGACCAAUGACAUCAACGCAGAGCAGGUGGCCGUGCCGCGGAUCUACAAGUCGCACUUGAGCUUCCGUCGCUUGCCCAAGAGCUGUAAGCGGAUCUACUGCUUUCGUGAGCUGAAGGAUGUGCUGGUGAGUGACUGGCAUUUCACUGCCUCCAUUCUGGAAUCGGAUGUCCCCCUUGAUGCCUUCCUUGUGAUGCGGCUAGUACCUGGUGGUAUCGACCGGGCCUUGAAGGAUAUGUGCGACUGGUGGGAGCAUCGUCAUGACCCUGGUGUCCUGUUCUUCUUUUUCGAUGAUGUACUCGAGGACAAGGCCGCCAGCGUGGAGCGAGUGCGGGAGUUCAUGGGCUUGGAGAGCAAGCCAGGCUUGGUGCACCAGGUGGUGGAGCAGAGUAGUCAUCGCUUCAUGUGCGAACACCACAGCAAGUUUGAUGACCACAAGAUCGUGCAGGAACUGGAUCGGAUCCGAGGUGUGAAGAGAGAAGGAAAGUGUGAACUGGUUGGGAAGGUGCGAAAGAGUGGUGGGCGUUCUGGCUCGGGCGAGGCGCUGCCGGACACUGCGAUUCAGUGGAUAGAGUGGCGCUGGCGCUGCAUCGUCCAGGAACGGCUAGGCUUUAGAGACCUGGGCUCAGACCUUUUCAGAUCCUUUUGCAGACCUGGUCAGGAGGGUCAGGAGUGGCAGUGACCGACCUUGGCUCCCUGGGAGACCUCCAAGAAAUGCGCAGU